AUGAAUUCUAACCCAGCCUCUCCGCUGAAGAUAGUGCUUCUCGUGUUGACUCUGGUGAUAGUGGUUCAACUAUACAAAAGUGCCACAGCAGAAAUGUAACCUACUAAAAUUUUGCAAGAAAAAAACUUCGAAUAUUGAUUUCAGACCUCCACUUCGCCAAGAAUCCUUUCUCAUUAUGAAAAAACGACUAUCAAGCCGAAUGGCGCCAACUGCUCGUUUAGGUAAUCACAUGUUUGAGUUAGCAGCUGUUCUGGGAAUUUCUAGAAUGCUAAAUCGAACUGCGACAUUUUUCAUAGAAGAUGAAAUUUAUCGCCGGAUGAUUGAAAGUUCAAAAGAAGCGAUUCCAGGCCUCGUCGGUCAAUUUGAAAUUUUAAAUGGAAAGGUCCCGCUUUAUAUCAAAAACACUAAACUCAACACUCGUUGCUGCGUCUUCGUAGAUCCACUGAUUCAUGAGCAUAAUAACGAUGAGUAUCUGCAUUUGGAUGGAAGAUUUUAUCAGGCCUGGAAGUAUUUUCCGUCAAUGCGCAAUGAACUCAUCGGAUACCUAAAGACUUCUGAAAACUUUGGCUCCUUGCCAAAAUCCAAUGAAACAUCUUUUGUCACAUGCGUUCAUAUUCGGAGAGGCGAUUUUAAAAGGGUUGGAUUUGCCGAGUCAGACGAAUGGUUCAUUAGAAAAGCCAAGGAGUUUGUCGAGAAUAAAGAAGCAACAUCUAAGCCUUGUAGCCAUGUGGUACUAUUUGGGGAUGACUUGCCAUUCAUGAAAAACCUUUAUGAAAAUGUUUAGUUUUCUAAUGAGACUACCAAGCAGGAGUCAACCCAUUUCGUAUCAGUUAACUCUCCGUCGGAUGAUUUGGUGUAUGCAAAAAAUAACUGUGAUACAGUUUUAAUCACGGCUCCGCAUUCAACAUUUGGCUGGUGGAUGGGCUACUUUUCAAAGGGAGAUAAAGUUUAUUAUAUGGACAUUCGGGAGACUAGGGAUAAUGUAUACAGAAAUGGAGGUCUGAACCCGUACGACUAUUAUUUGCCACAUUGGACACCGCUCAAAUUUGCUGGCGAUAAUACGACAAUCGUUGAGAGUUUGAAGUGAAC